UAACCCUUCCGUUCCCACCAUACCACAUAUCGCACAACAUCAGAGUUGGCACCCGUAGCCCGACACCGACUCUGGUCUGCCGUUGACGAGAACCAUGUCGUCUCCUCCGCUCGCACUCGUGUCCUUGGUGCUGUCUGCCAUCGAAACGUACGUGCUGGCCCUGACCAUUCCGGAUCGUCUUUUCCAGAGCCGUAGCGUGGUCGCCGUCUGCUGCUUCGUCUUGAACUUUCCUCUCUUCUGGCUAUACUACGUUUUCAUCCAGAGGCUUUUUCUACAUCCUCUUCGACAUCUCCCCGGACCCAAGGGCUCCAAUUACAUCAUCGGAGAGUUCUUAAAUGAGCUCCAGACCCCGCCAGGCAAUGCGUUCAAGGAAUGGAUAAAUGCGAUACCGAAUGAUGGCUUGCUCCGGUACAGAACCCUAUUCAACGUCAGCCAGGUGAUCGCAACAUCGCACGAAAGUCUCAAGUCAGUGCUUUCUGACAACACGUACGAUUGGGAGAAGCCCCCGGAGUUGAUCCGGGUGCUGGGUAAAGUGAUCGGAGAGCUCGGUCUCAUCCUGGUUGAAGGAGACAUUCAUAAAUUUCAGCGAAAGCAUCUUCUCCCUUCAUUUCGGAUUAAUCAUAUCAAGAGCCUUUAUCCUGUUUUCUGGAGGAAGGGAUGUGAACUGAAUGCCACACUCAUCAAAGAAGGGCCGAUCGUUCUGCCAGCGAAAUCUGACAAGAAGUCAUUUGAGGUAGAGAUCGGCGCCUUUGCGACUCGUGCUACUCUAGACAUCAUCGGCAUUGCGGGUUUUGGCUUCGACUUUGGUGCUCUUCGCAAUCCCGACGAUGAGCUGGUGCAGAAGUACAAUUGGCUGGUUGAACCCGCCCCAGAAAAGGCAGCCUGGUUUAUCGCAAACAAGUGGAUUAUAUCUCGUAUACCCUGGUACCUUACUCGACGCAUCAACUCAAUCCAAUCCGACCUCAUCAAAUUUGCUACGGAGCUGCUCCGUGAUCGUCGCGCAGCCUUCAAGAAGGAUGCUAAAUACGCCGACUCGAUGGAUGACAUUCUAUCCCUUCUGAUCAAAUCCAACGAUUUUUCCGACGAGGACCUGGCGAACCAGACUCUGACAAUGUUGGCUGCCGGUCAUGAGACAACAUCAUCUGCGUUAUCUUGGGUUCUCUAUCUUCUCUCCAAGUAUCCCGAGUACCAGACUAGAUUGCGCGCAGAGAUUCGUGCGACAUUACCUGACCCAUCUACUGGCAGCAGUGCCAUUACUGCUGCAGAUAUUGAUCAUCUCCCCUUGCUUGCAGCCAUCUGCCAAGAGACUCUGCGUCUCUAUCCGACAGUACCUGUCACUGGUCGAAUAUCUGUCAGAGAUACGCGAAUCAACGACGUCCACAUUCCCAAGGACACGUUUGUGGUCUUGUCGCCGUGGGCGGUCAACCGCUCGAAGAAGCAUUGGGGCCCGACUGCCGAGGAGUUCCUCCCGGAACGCUGGAUUAGCGCUGACGGGACGGCAAACAAGACAGGUGGAGCAACAAGCAAUUACAGCCAGAUCACGUUCUUACAUGGUCCACGAAGCUGCAUUGGUCAAGAUUUUGCUGCAAGCGAGUUGAAGUGUCUCUGUGCUACGCUCGUCGGGAAGUUCCAAUUCGAGCUUGCAAGGAGUGAAGAAGGUGGACAAUACACCCCCGCCGGAGUGGUCACGACCAAAGCACAGAAGGGAAUGUGGCUCAGAGUGAAGGAAGUUCCUGGAUGGUAGGAUUGUUUCGUCAGCAGUCGGAAAUCGAAGAACAAUCUAUUUCUCGAGGGGUCUUGUGUCGAUCAGUUUACAUUUCAUGGGCGCAGUUCAGCUAACAACCUUCGCCGGAUCAUCGAUGAUUUGGUACACGUCAAGUAUGCAUGGGACCCCUUCAAUCCUGAGAGUAGAAAGUAGAGUACCAAGAGAACCUUUGGCGAUUGAAUAGACUGAAGACAGGCUUUCUCUUGUCGCGCAUGUCACGAGAAA